GCAGCAGCAGCGGCGGCGGCAGCGGCGCCGCCCGCGGUUCCCGCCGGGGCCCGGGCGCCGGCCCCUCUCUGCAGGAUGGGCACGGUGCUGUCUCUUUCCCCCGCCUCCUCGGCCAAGGGCCGGAGGCCCGGUGGGCUGCCGGAGGAGAAGAAGAAGGCACCGCCCGUGGGAGACGAGGCCCUGGGGGGCUACGGAGCGCCGCCAGUAGGCAAGAGCGGCAAAGGCGAGAGCCGGCUCAAACGGCCAUCCGUGCUCAUCUCGGCGCUCACCUGGAAGCGCCUGGUGGCCGCGUCUGCCAAGAAGAAGAAAGGCAGCAAGAAGGUGACGCCCAAGCCAGCGUCCACUGGCCCGGACCCCCUGGUCCAGCAACGCAACCGCGAGAACCUUCUCCGCAAGGGCCGGGAUCUCCCCGACGGCGGCGGUGCUACUAAGCCCCUGGCCGUGCCGGUGCCCACAGUGCCCGCGGCCGCCGCCACCUGCGAGCCGCCGUCGGGGGUCAGCGCUGUCGCCCCGCCGCCAGGCUCGGGAGGAGGAAAGCCACCGCCGCCACCCCCAGCCCCGCAGGCGGCGCCACCGGUGCCUGGAGGCUCGCCGCGGCGGGUCAUCGUGCAGGCGUCCACGGGCGAGCUGCUGCGCUGCCUGGGCGACUUCGUGUGUCGACGCUGCUACCGCCUCAAGGAGCUGAGCCCGGGCGAGCUGGUGGGUUGGUUCCGCGGAGUGGACCGCUCGCUGCUGCUGCAAGGCUGGCAAGACCAGGCCUUCAUUACGCCUGCCAACCUGGUGUUCGUGUACCUGCUGUGCCGCGAGUCGCUGCGUGGGGAUGAGUUGGCGUCGGCCGCGGAGCUGCAGGCCGCCUUCCUUACCUGCCUCUACCUCGCCUAUUCCUACAUGGGCAACGAGAUCUCCUACCCGCUCAAGCCCUUCCUCGUGGAGCCCGACAAGGAGCGCUUCUGGCAGCGCUGCCUUCGCCUCAUCCAGCGGCUCAGCCCGCAGAUGCUGCGGCUCAACGCCGACCCCCACUUCUUCACGCAGGUCUUUCAAGACCUCAAGAAUGAGGGCGAGGCCGCCGCCGGCGCCGGGGGUCCACCCAGUGGGGGAGCGCCCGCGGCCCCCACCUCCUCCUCGGCCGCCAGGGACAGCUGCGCGCCGGGAGCCAAGCACUGGACUAUGAACCUGGACCGCUAGGGAUACCCGAAGGCCGCGCCUGCCUCCCGCCCCAGCCCCUGACACACACUCGGAGCCCCCGGGACCAUCAAGCUGCCGCCGCUGUUACCGCCGCUCCAAGCCCCGGCCGGAGGAGCAGCCACCCUGCCCCGCAGUGGAAGGUGGAAGCCAGGAAGCCAGAGACUACAGCGUCUGGAUUUGCUGGGCGUAGGGUGGGGGUGGGGAUGAGCGCGGGAAGGGGAUCCCCCUACCUCAACCUUUCUGUCUACGCCCCCAUCUGUCCAACUCUGCCAGGGUCUCCCCUUUUCCUUCUCUGUGUGUAAGUCCAUCUUCCUCGGUUUUGUCCAUUUCCUCACUUUCUUCCUGUAUAUUCAUCUUCCCUCCUAUCUGCCUUUCCAUUUUACGUUCCUUGGGUGUGUAUUUCAGUCCCCACUUCACCUAUUUAUCUCUGCCCCCGUUUCUCUUUCUGCACCUGUGUCCCCAUCUCCCCUUCUUGUCUCUUUUUCCUCGCUCUUAGCAUGUGUCACCACCUUCCCCCCUGUCUGCCUCCCCCACCCCCCUGUCAGCUUGCAUUUAUUCCCCCCGACUGAGUCCCCAUACCCCUCUCCUAAGACCAAAAGGAACGUUAGUUCUUAAUUUGGAUCGACUGAGGUGCAGCGAGAAACUGCAGCCCCAGGGGCUCAGACAACCACCAGGAUGGCCCUUCACCCCACCCCCACUGCCUCUCUCUACCUUUCCAACGUGUUGCAUGCCGGGAGUUGGGGGGUGAAGGAUACUGACUACAGGAAGCUGACCUUUGGGAGCAAACUCUACCUAGGAGGCCACCCCGGCGGCAGCAGCGCCUCAGCGGAAGGAUGGGAAGAGACAGAAACUCUUCUUACUCAGGGGGAGGGGCACCCUCUUCCUCAUCCUUAGGUGUUUUUUUGUUUUCCCCUCUUUUAAUUUAUU